UUUUGCUCAGUUUGUUUAAAAUUCAAAAGUGAUUUCAUUCAGAAACAUCGCACAAGUGUCAUAUUCAAAAAUACCGUCUACAAUGAAAUUAAUCUUCGCACCUAUAAUGGUUCUUGUAGCUCUAAGCGCUAUAUCUCAGAUAGAAUCUUUACCUGCACCUACAAUCGGCUUGCUUUCAUAUGGACUACCAUUAGGACUUCCCGUUCAGGAUCAUGGAGACGCAUAUGUCAUUGAUGUUCCUGUGCCUGCAAACCUUGUUGCAGGAGGAGAUGUACUAGCAUUACCUUUAGUUGAAUCUCUUCUUUUAGCUAAUGCUGGGUUGGCUGCACCACCUGCUCUACCGGCAAAUCUUGUUUUGACACUAACUGGUGCAGCAUUAGCACCAUAUUACUAAAUUCAUAAAAGUUCAAUUACUUACAUAUACACAUAUGUAGAUAAUGUCUAGAAGAUGACUCAUUAUAAAAUUAUACUCAGGAAAUUCGAAACAAGUAGUUUAAUUUAAUAAGAAUCAAUUAAUAAAAUUAUACAGGAAAUUA